UCCUCCAGCCUCCAAUGCCGACUUCCAAAGAUUCCAAAGAAAGUGUGAAAAGCCAAAUCCGGUCUUCAAAACCAUUUAAUAACAAGAAAAUUCGGUGCGUUUGCAGCUGGAGGGAGUGGUGGUGAGAGCGGGCAGGGUGUUUUUCAGCGGCGCCGCGGCGGCGUAUGUGGAUGAUCAGUACGGUGGUGGUGGGAAUGGGCAAUGAUUUUGCCCUAAUUUGGUGGUUUUCUCCCAAUUAUCUUACUGCUGCUUCCAGAAUUGAGAAUGCGGCUGCCGGCGGGAAUUUGUAUUCUUCUACGAUGCACAGACCAUCCCCAUUAGAGUUGGGGUGAUUCUUGACAUGGAUGGCUACGGAGAGAUGGCCUUCAAUUGCCUAUCAAUGGCGCUUUCCGACUUCUAUUCAACCCACAGUCAUUACAAGACUCGGCUCCUCCUCACCAACCGUCCCCCCAAAGGCGACGUCAUUGGUGCUGCUUCUGCAGGUCAUGCUCUCUUCCCUAUAAAAUAAUUCAACUUAAAUCAUAGUAUGUUUGGUUUGCAUGAUUCUCUCCCGUGAUUAUUUAAUCAUCCUUCAAUCAUAUUAAGCUUAUCCAUCAAACCAGACGCCAAAUGCUAGUUAAGUUAACCAACUUGAUAAUCUUGAAAAGUGCAGGCCUAGACCUACUCAAGAAUGUGCAAGUGCAAGCCAUAUUAGGCCCAACUUUCUCAUCUCAGGCUAGCUUCCUCAUCUCUCUAGGAGAAGAAGCUCAGGUCCCCAUCAUCUCCUACUCCGCUACAAGUCCUUCUCUCUCCUCAACCGGGAGCCCCUACUUCUUCCGCGCCACCCUCAGCGAUGCCACACAGGUGGACGCCAUAGCUGACAUCGUCGAGGCCUUCGGGUGGCGAGAAGUCAUCCCCGUUUACGAGGAAAACAACUUUGGAGAAGGCAUUAUGCCUUAUUUGAGCGACGCCUUGGGGCGUGUCAAUGCCCGCAUACCUUACAGAAGCGUGAUCUCUACUCUCGCAACCGAUGAUCAGAUCGAGGCGGAGCUCUACAAGCUCAUGACAAUGCAGACCAGAGUGUUUGUGGUCCACAUGUUGAGCCCCCUCGCAUCUCGCCUCUUCAUUAUAGCGCGUAAGAUCGGGUUGAUGAGUCGGGAUUGUGCGUGGAUCGUCACGAAUGGGAUCACCAACGAGCUCGAGUUGCUGGAUCAGUCUACGCUGGAGUCCAUGCUGGGAGUUAUUGGAGUGAGGCAUCAUGUCCCGAGGAGUAAAGAGCUCGAGAGCUUUGAGACUCGGUUUAAUAAACAGGUUCUUGUUGGAAGUAAAUUGAGCAUUUUUGGACUGUGGGCUUAUGAUGCGGCCACUGCACUAGCUAUAGCAGCAGAGAAGGCAAAUCUCAGAGACGUCAAGUAUAUACAAACAUCAUCGAACUCAACAGAUCUCGAAGGAUUUGGAGUGUCGGGUGAUGGGCCGAACCUCAUCAAAGCCUUGUCGAACACCACAUUCACAGGGCUUGCAGGGAACUUCAGGCUAGUCGAUGGGGAGCUUGAAGCGCCGCCUCUUGAGAUUGUCAACUUCGUCGGCCAUGGAGUUCGGGGCAUUGGAUAUUGGACGAAAGAUAGUAGGAUUGUCAAUGAACUCAACUCCAAAAGCGCUAAUUUGUACGCGGAUUUUACUCCCAAAUCCAAGCUUGGAUCGGUCAUCUGGCCAGGCGACACAACAUCUAGGCCUAGAGGUUGGGUGAUCCCAACCAAUGGAAGGAAGUUGAGAGUUGGAGUGCCUGUGAAAGCUGGCUUCACUGAGUUUGUGAGUGUUACGUGGAAUGCUGACAAUUCUGUAAGAGUGGAAGGGUAUUGCAUAGAUGUUUUUGAAGCAGUGAUGGCAGCAUUGCCUUAUGGUGUGAGCUAUGAAUACAUCCCAUUUGCAUAUCCCAACCACACCACGGCUGGAGAUUACAACAGCUUGACCUAUCAAGUAUACCUCGGAAACUAUGAUAUCGUUGCUGGAGACGUGACGAUUGUGGCGAACAGGUCGCAGUACGUGGACUUCACUCUGCCCUACACAGAGUCAGGUGUGGCAAUGAUCGUACCACUGAAAGAUGUGAAGAGAAAGAAUGCAUGGAUAUUCUUGAAGCCCCUGACUUGGGAGCUGUGGCUGACAAGCUUCUGCUCGUUCGUCUUUCUUGGAUUCUUGAUAUGGCUCCUUGAACACGAGAGAAACGAUAGGUUCCAGGGGUCGUUCUGGUACCAAGUUGGCACUAUAUUCUGGUUUGGCUUCUCAACCAUGGUCUUUGCUCAUAAGGAGAAAUUGAGGAGCAACCUGUCAAAGAUAAUGCUGAUCAUAUGGUUUCUGGUGGUCCUGAUCCUGACACAGAGCUACACAGCGAGUCUAGCGUCUAUGCUAACCGUUCAGAAGCUGCAGCCGGCGGUGACAGACGUGGAUUUUCUGAUAAGGAACAACAAGCACGUAGGAUACAUGCAGGGAUCAUUCGUGUAUGGACUCCUCAAGAAGAUGAACUUCCCUGAGUCACAUCUAGUAGAGUACAACUCGCCUGAGAAACUCAACGAGCUUCUCUCCAACGGCAGAAUCGCUGCCGCGUUUCAUGAAAUCCCCUACAUAAAGUUGUUCCUAACCAAAUACUGCUCCGGAUACACUAUGAUUGGACCCAUAAACAAGGCUAAUGGCUUCGGCAUCGUGUUCCCGAUCGGUUCGCCUCUGGUAAAGGACGUUUCGCGCGCGAUUUUGAACGUGACUGAGGGGCAGAAGAUAUCUGAGAUGGAGAAGAAAUGGUUGGGUGUUGUGAAUAAAUGUUUGGAUCCGGAUAGGUUGGCGACGCCCCAUAAUCUUGGGCUUGGGAGCUUCUGGGGGCUGUUCCUGAUCGCUGGGGUGGCGGCAGCGAUAGUGUUGGUUAUUCAUGUGUAUAGAUCUCUCUUCUGUGCGCCUGCUGCAUAUAUUGCACCUGAACCUGAACCUGCACCUGCACCUGCACCUGCACCUGCACCUGCACCUGCACCUGCACCUGUUGCACCUGAACCUGCACCUGCACCUGCACCUGCACCUGCACCUGUUGCACCUGAACCUGCACCUGCUGCUGUUCGGGAAAAUGUUGUUGCCGCUAAUGAAGGCAGGAAUUAGUUUUCUGCAAAAAUAUUCUUGAAUGUUGUUUUUUGCUUUCAAAUUUAUCAUUUUUGUUGUGUUACUGUAUGUGAAUUAACUGUCCAUCCAGUUUGAAUUGGUUUUAUGUUAUGUGAAUUAUCUAAUAAACA